AUGGCAACAGAAGUUGAAGAAACUAUCAAAAGAAUCCAAGCUCAUAAAGGAGUUAUGGGGGUAAUCAUUGUGAAUCACGAAGGGAUACCCAUCAAGAGCUCACUAGAUAAUGCUACAUCAGUGUUGUAUUCAGGUUUAAUUGGUCAGCUAACAGAAAAGGCUAAAAAUGUAGUUCGUGAAAUGGACUCUACAAAUGAGCUCACAUUCCUUCGUGUUAGGAGUAGAAGACAUGAGAUUUUGAUUGCACCAGAUCGAGAAUUUAUACUUAUUGUCAUACAAAAUACAUCAGACUAG